GAUACUAUGUCGGAGAGACGGCAGCAACAAAAAUGUGUCCUUCCAUUAAAGAAAUAUGGGACAUACAGAAACGAAGAAGACAAUGAUCGUGGUAGCUCACCUCAAGGAAGCAAGAAAGGUUGGGGUUCUUUCCGAGGUAAUUUUGACAAGAGGAACCCUCGUUAUGAACGUGGUGGAUGCGAGCGUCAGCCUUACCACUUCCAGGAGGAUGAUGGAAAUGAGGGGUUGAGAGCUGUCCAGGAGGAGCCCCGAGUAAGACACACUCCCUAUUCUCUCCAAUGCAACAAGAGGAGAGUGAAAGUGCAUAUUGAAGGCCGUAUCCAGAUUACUGUUUGGAGAGAUACAAAAUCUCUUGAGGGAGCAGUGGGGGAGAACACACAAAAUGGAACCUUGGGGAACUGGUUCAAGAUUACAGUUCCUGGUGGGAUAAAGUAUGACAAGACAUGGCUAAUUAAUUCAAUCCAGAGCCUUUGCAGUGUCCCCUUCACUCCAGUGGAUUUCCACUAUGUGAAAAAACGGGCCCAGUUCUUUGUACAGGAUGCUAGUAUUGCCUCUGCAUUGAUGGAUGUCAGCUACAAGAUUUGUGACCAGGAGAACCGAAAGAUAGCUAUCUUUGUCAAUACUUCUGCGGUACCCUCCUAUGUGCGGAAUAAGUUGGAGCCAAAGGAAAUGGAGCAGUUAAAGCUGACCAUGAACAAACGGUAUGAUGUCUCCCAGAAAGCUCUUGACCUUCAUAAGCUCCGCUUUGACCCAGACUUGGUGGGCCUUGACAUUGAUAUAAUCUUAAAUAGAAGAAAUUGCAUGGCUGCUACCCUACAGAUCAUUGAAAAGAACUUCCCUGAGCUGUUGUCUUUGAACUUACGCAACAACAAGCUGUACCAACUUGAUGGCCUGUCUGACCUUAUACAGAUAGCCCCCACAGUCAAGAUCUUGAAUCUCUCCAGAAAUGAGCUGAAGUCGGCAUAUGAAUUGGACAAGAUGAAUGGCCUGAAACUCGAAGAGCUGUGGCUGGAAGGGAACCCCUUAUGCGGCACCUUCCCAGACCAGUCCACCUACAUAAGUGCCAUCAGGAAAUGUUUCCCCAUGUUGUCACGCCUGGAUGGUCAGAUGUUACCUCCACCAAUUAUCAUUGACAUUGACAGACCCUACUUAAUAAAUCCUUGCAAGGAAAGCCACAAAACAUCUGAGACACUGAAGAAUCUAAUCAUGCAAUUCCUGCAGCAAUAUUACUUGAUUUACGACUCUGGAGACCGACAGGGUCUCCUGGGUGCUUAUCAUGACAAAGCUUGCUUCUCCUUGACCAUACCCUUCAACCCUGAGGACCCAUCUCCAAGCAGCUUGUGCGACUACUUCAAGGAUAACAGGAAUAUGAAGAACCUCAAGGACCCCUACCUGCGGGUUCAGCUGUUGAGGCAUACAAAACAUGACACUGUGUGCUCCCUCUGUGUGUUGCCCAAAACUCAGCAUGACCUCAGCUCCUUCGUGGUGGACAUGUGGUUCCAGACGGAAAGGAUGCUCUGUUUCUCUGUCAAUGGGGUGUUCAAGGAAGUGGAAGGAAGGUCUCAGGGUUCUGUGCGUGCCUUCACCCGGACCUUCAUCGCUAUACCUGCCAGCAGUUCCAGUAUAUUCAUCGUGAACGAUGAGCUGUUUGUGAGGGACGCCAUCCUUAAAAAGACCCUGAGUGCUUUCUCUAUCCCAGUGAUCGCACCCACCUCCAGCUCCCUGAUCACGUUCACCCAGCAGCAGAAGGAAAUGGUGCUGGCUUUUUCCACCCAGUCUGGGAUGAAUCUCCUGUGGUCUCAGAAGUGCCUUCAGGACAAUGAGUGGAACUACACCAGAGCUGGUCAGGUCUUCACUGUGCUCAAGAGCAAGGGCAUGAUCCCAGAGGAGGCCUUCAAACAAAACCCCUAA